AUGGGCAACGUCAGUAGUCGCCAGGGCGAGGGCGACCCCAUGUUCCUGCGCGACCAGAAUCGCUUCUCCAUCGCCGCGCUCAAUGUCACCAACUCGCGCAACCGCGUCCUCUUGAACGUCACCCCCAACGCCUUCCCCGCCAGCAGAUACAACGCGAGGAAAGACUUCGGGGACGACAGCGUCGUGGAAUACGUCCAGGAUCCCGAAACCUCUCCCGCUGCGCCGCCAAACUUCCUGAUCCGCCUGUCCAACGAUGACGAGCUCACCUUCAACUUCGUCUUUGUCGUCAGGCAAUCCCAGGCCUUUCAGGCAGCCAACAACCCCGCCAUCCCAGUCAGCACGCUUGCGCCGGUGGACACCGUCAUCAAUGGCCUCACCUUCCUCUUCGCCGGCAGCAGCAGGGAGUUGGAAAACCUGGUGACCCGCGAAUUCCACGCGGACCCGAAUCUUCACAAGAACCCAAAUGUCGAAUUGGUGGGCGACUAUUCGACAAUGGGCAGCCAGUCCGUCCAAUUUCAGUGGUCGUGGAAAUGGAGGCCCCCGCGCAUCUUGGAAGACAGAGGAGGUGGCUGGAGGAACAGCUGCAGCUUUGUGGAGUAUGAUCCGCGCGCGCAUCGCUUGGAUACACUGGCAACAUUUUCCUUCUGGGUCUCGAACUCGCAGAGGCCAGCUCCUCUCAGUCCUAAAACACCGUCGCCGCUUCUUGAAUUGAGCGUACCGCCCAGGCUCCGCGUUCCUUCUUCACAGUCAAUCGAGUCCCGUGUCAGCGACUCGGACGGUGCGGAUUUCAGGGAUUUCCGCGAGCCCGUUUCGCCUGCGAUUGAGGCGAUUGCGGAGAACACAUUGGGCUUGGUCCCGACGCACAAUACUUUCUCAAGCAAUUUGCUCACCCAGACCAACACUAAUAACACCAGCCCCGUCAGAGUCGACCUGUCCUGUCAAAGGCCGGCUGAGGACAUCAGUGCUUUGGACGAUGGUCCUGUAUUCCGCGCGAACCUCAAGAAUUUCGAGAAGAACACGUCGGACAUGCGCUUAAAAUGGAAGCGGGUGUUGAAGAAGGCGGAAGCUACGAUGGAAGCCCAAGUCAUCAGUAACAAUGCGGUUGCGGAACUUAUCGAAGCCCUCAAGGAUACAGCGACGCCGAACUCGAACUCGGUGCAGCCGGCAAUCGACCAUUAUUUUGACAGAAUAGCACGCGAAAUCCUGGCCUACGAGAAACUCAACACGGUCAACGUUCAAAAACUCAUCAUCGAACCUAUUUCUAAGCUUUACAACGUCGAUAUCAAGCAGGCCGAGUCCAAGAAGAAGGAUUUCGAGGAAGAGAGCAAAGAAUACUAUUCAUACGUCAGCCGCUAUCUCGGACAGAGGCAGGAUUCGAUGAAGGAAAAGAGGCGGACGGAAACCGAUACGAAAUACCAAACGAAGCGCCGGAAUUUCGAGCUGAAGCGAUUUGACUACUCUUCCUACAUCCAGGACCUGAACGGUGGAAGGAAGAAUCAGGAUGUUCUCUCCUAUCUCACAAAGUACGCCGAUGCACAGGCCAAGGGAUUCAUGACAACAGCCGAAAAGAUCAAGACGAUGCUACCACAGCUCGAGGCGCUCAGCCAGGAGGUCAAGGAGGCUGACAAGGAGUUUCAACUGCAACGCGCCGAGCGUGAGGAAAAGCGAAGGGCUCUUGAGAAGAGUGGAACUGCCUACAAGGAACCCGAGCCUUCUGCCAUGUCGACUAUUGCACAAGCGAACGGAAGGCCCCCUCCCCUGGAGGAAUCACGCUCUGACAGUACAACACCCAUGUUCAAGAGCACCGUCUCUCCUCCUCCGGCCUUAGGAUCUCCGCCCUCAAGCGCAGCUAUGCCGGUUACCCCAGGAUUAAGUGGCGGACCGUCUCUCGGAUCGCUUCCCGCCACGAGCCCUGGUCAGAACAGCAAAUUCAAAGGCAUUCGCGACCUGGAAGACAAGGGAGGUGGAGACGGCCAAGACGCGCAUCCUCCUCACAAGGAAGGCCUACUUUGGGCUCUCAGCAGACCCGGAAGCCACAUCGAUCCCAAGGGCUUGAACAAGCAAGCUUGGCACAAAUUUUGGAUCACGGUUGGCGAGGGCAAACUUUCCGAGUACUCUGACUGGAAGAACAAGAUGAAUCUGCAUAUGACCCCGAUUGAUCUUCGCGUCGCCUCGGUUCGAGAGGCUCGCAACUCUGAACGGCGCUUUUGCUUCGAGGUCAUAACGCCCCAGUUCACGCGCGUCUACCAAACAACAGGGGAAGAUGAACUCAGAACCUGGAUCAAUGCAAUCAACAACGCGUUGCAAACUGCUGUCGAGAACAAGGGCAUCUCCGACCCUGUGCCCACGGAAUCCCUGGACAAGUCAACACGCAGGGACAUCGCUUCAGUGCUCACUGGCAAGAGCACAUCGCUCUCGGGGCAUAGGAAUUCUGGGAACACGAGCAAGGACAAGCCCGUCUCACGCCAUGCGACGGUUGGAGACAGGCCAUCCUACCGUAGCCCCGAAGCCGCCGGAGAAGCUAACAAACUUCUCGAGCAGAUCCGCGAAGCUGACGCCGGAAACAAGUAUUGCGCAGACUGCGGAUCAGAGAGCAAAGUCGACUGGGUGUCCAUCAAUCUCGGAAUUGUGGUUUGCAUAGAGUGUAGCGGGAUCCACCGUUCUUUGGGAACCCAUAUCUCCAAAGUCCGCUCACUCACGCUGGAUGUUCAUUCAUUUACGUCGGAUAUCAUCGAGUUGCUCUUCAAGAUUGGCAACCGCGUCAGCAAUAUGAUAUGGGAGGCCAAGCUCGACCGAGCUAUGAAGCCCGCUCCUACGUCUACUCGGGAACAGCGCCUGAAGUUCAUCAAUCAGAAGUACGCGGAGCGCGCGUUUGUCCAGGAGAUCUCUUCUACACUGUCGCAUUAUGCAACGCCGGAGGAAACGCUCCUUGCGUCAGUCAAGAAGAACGACAUCCAGAACGUGCUCUAUGCGCUUGCGCUCAAGGCGACACCCAACGCGACAGACAAGUCCCGCAACACUCCAGCUGUUUACCUCGCUCUCUCCGCGGCGGAUCCUGCAUCUCCUGCAGACACGGCGUCCCCUGCCAGCUCGCCUGGCCAUCCUCCUCAAGGUGCGCCUGCAGGGGGUCGGAAGUCUUUCCCGGUUGCCGAGCUGUUGAUCCAGAACGGAGCCGACCUACCGAACACGCCUUCGCCCUUCCCGUUGAGCAUAUCGGCACGGCUGUACCUGGAGCAGAAGCUAGAACAGCGUGACGGAAGACGGCCUGCAGUGAGCAGCACUCAGAAUGGUAACAAUGCUUCCAAUAGCAGCGGUGGCGACGUGAUCACCGCUCUUCCCACCAUCCUGGCGGGAAAUGGAGGCUCACCAGGUGAGCGUAUCAAAGAAAGAGAUGCCAAGUUGCAGAAGCGUGUGUCAGCAGGCGGAAGACUGAUGAAGUCCGAUGAAUCAUAUAGUUCGCGGCGGAUGUUCUGA